AUGCCCGCGUACAAGCUGGUCGACUACAAGGUUCCGUCGUCCGGGCGAUUGGCGGCCCUGCUCUUCACGUACGCCGGGGUGGACUUCGAGUACGUCACCCUCGAGAAGUCCAAGGCCGCCGAGGCGGAAGCAGCGGCGCCCUUCGGAUCGCUCCCGGUGCUCUACCUGGACGGCGAGAUGCUGGGCUCGGACUACGCCAUCUGCGUCUUUAUCGCCAGGGAGCACGGGCUCGAAGGCAAAGACUCGAAGGAAGCUGCCAAGUGCGCGACCAUCGUGACUGGGAUUGCGUCGCUGUUUGCGAGCGUGCGUCGCACCAAGUCUCAGAACCUCGCCCCUGAUGAUGACAAGCUGUCCGAAGCGAAGGACCUACGGGAGAAGGUGCCCAGGUACCUGAGGUACUUCGAGAAACUACUCAAGCAAAACAACACCGACUACUUCGUUGGAGAUCAGCUGACCUGGGCGGACCUGGCGGUGACCUUUUCGUGCCAGCAGCUGCUCCAGCGGUUCCAGGGUGCCCUGGAUAGGCACUCGCAGCUCAAGGCCCACUACGAGCGCGUCACGGCUCUGCCGCGAGUCAAGGCCUUCCUGGCAGAACACGCGGCUGCGGCGGAUCGCUAGCAGCCGGUGGUCCGGGGGCGUCGUCGAUUGUUGUGUUCGGUUUAUUUAUUUAUUUAUUUUUAUGAAGGGCACCGGUGUAAACGCAUUCGAUGCUCGCAAGCAGGAGUGGGAACCCCUGGUAGCGCAAGAUGACGGCUCGAACAUGGAGUUGUGAUUCCCUUUGAAAACGGAAACCGGUCGGUGCCGACCUUUCUCACCCUGUACAGAGUUUGUGAACGUGUCAGCGUUCAGAAGGUACUACGGCUCGGAACAGGAAAGAAGCACUUGUGAGAAGUACAUUAAAAGCCCGAACCCCAUAUUAAAAAAAAAAAAAAAAGAAG